AUGCAGUCACCAUGUCUUCACUUUUGCAAGAACUUCACAAUCAAGCCUCACUUAGGGUUCCACCACCACACCCUCAAAACCACACAAAAACCUUUCUGUGUACCCAAACCCAAGAAAAUUAACAUAACCCAGUGCCACAACAGACCCAAUCAGCAGAAAAAAGAGAGGGUGAAAUUAAGGGGCAAGAAGGAAAAUGUAUGGAGCAUUGACAAUGACAUGGAAAAUUCCGCAGCUGAGAAAGAAAAAGAGAGAGGGAAACAAAAGAGGAGGAAAGGAAGGAGAGUUGUUAGAGGGAAGAGGAAUAAAGGUGGUAAAAUUAUGGUGUCUGGUGCUAUGUUAAUGGAGGUUGAAACUGUUCUUCAAACUCAGGAACCUGUAAUAAGACCAGUAUGGAAUACAUUUACUAGUAGUGUCUGUGGGAUAUGGAAAGGUGUGGGGGCUGUAUUUUCACCAAUUACUGCUGAAAUGGAGCCCAUCGAAGUUGGAAGCAAGAAUGAAAACCUUUAUGAUUGCUACACCCUUGCUCGCAUUGAAGCAGUGCCAUCACCGUCUGGAGAUGGGACAUCUCAAGUUCAAAGGAAGAUUAAUUGGGUGACUUUAAAUCCUCACGGUGAAGUGCCACAGUCUAUUGGAGGCAGCAGCAGAAGUAAAGAAGAGCAGAAAGAAGGGAAUGCAUCUUUACCUUCUGAGAAAGUGGUUGAUGCUGCUAUGAGUAAUCGUGUUUUGCCUGGUUUUGAGUCUUUUAACUAUGAAACCAGUGAUUUAAUGGAAGAAGAUGUCAUGGGUAAUGAACCAGGUCUUGUUUUCUUUGAGGAUGGAUCAUAUUCCAGGGGACCAGUUGAUAUUCCAGUUGGUGAAGUUAAUGGUUCGAACUAUUACCUUUCUCCAACCUUUAAAUUUGAACAAUGUUUGGUUAAAGGUUGCCACAAAAGACUUCGGAUUGUCCAUACCAUAGAAUUCAAUAAUGGGGGUUCAGACAUACAGAUCAUGAGAGUUGCUGUUUACGAGGAAGAGUGGGUCAGUCCUGCAAAUCUUCGUGAUGAAAGUGAUCUGGAGUUUGAUGUGAAACCAUUCUCUCAGCGGAAAAGAACCCAGCCGUCAGAGCUCACAGGGCCCUGGAAAGUAUUUGAGAUGAGUGCUACUCCAAUAUUUGAGGAUGAGAUAGCCAUAGAGGAAAGCAAUGGAUCCCCAUACGUUUAUCUUUGCACAGAGACCUUGAAAAAGAGGAGCCUGCCUGAGAAUCCAGUUUACUUUAGAGAGGAAGAGAUGAUAGAUAUGCAGGAUGUAACUGUCCUUUGGCUGCCUGGAGGGGUGACUGGUUAUGUUGAUGUCAGCAAAGAUGGCAUCCUUUGCAUUGGUGUUGGGUGGUACUCAGAUGAGGGAAUCAAUCUUGUUAUGGAAAGGGAUUAUGGGGUAGAUGGGAAACUCAAGGAGGUCAGGUGGAAAUCCGAGUUAAAGCGAAGGUGGCCUGAUCCACUCCCUGUAUAA